CUCGGCGACACUGCCGGAGUUUGGUCUUCUGUACCACUAUCUCCGCCCCUCAACUUCUUGACAUAUCAAAUUUCCUCUUCGCCUCUUCCCAUCUCUUUUUUUCCUUUUUUUACCCCCUCAGCUGUUUCAAGACUUGCUGCACUCCAAUUGAUCCUCCUAUCGAUUUGUUUUAUCCCCUGGGAUCGUUCGAUCUUCUACUCAGUGGAAAAAAAAAAGGUAGUGGCUUUACCCUACUUUUUAGACUCCCGCUGGGAUCCAUCGCAGGGCCCAUCACAGAUCGGUGCAUUCCCAGAAAUACGCUUGACAGCGCCAUCCCCAGCCCCAACUUCGGAUCUAGUUGAUCCGCUCCGAACAAGCGAUUCUCCCGCAGAGCGCAGCGCCUGUCGCCGUACAGUCCCUCCCCCGGCUCCCUCUCACUGA